AUGUUUAUUGAGAACACUUUUUUGGCGCUCAAAGGCCUUUCCGUGGCCAUUAUCCUUUUCAAACUCCCAUUGCCCAUAGUGAAGGUAUACCCACAAGAUCCAGACUUGUCGUGGCUCGAAAUAAUCAACCAGCUCAUUUUCAAAAUCGAGAAGUACGACAAGGGCUCUACAGAGGGAGUGGCCAAAUACCUUCCUGCAGAAUUGCCAGUCGGUGAUGUUACCUACUCCUUUUAUCCAUGGGGGAUGGUUAAGAGUGACCAGAACUCAAACAAAAAGGUCUCUUUUGAAAGUGAUGGCUUUAGGCUUGUUCCGCUCCUUGUCCGUGAUGUCGUCUCACAGGUACGGAGCUCAACCGAAGUGAAGAGUUCUGAAGGCUGGGAGAAUACCGUUCACGGCGUCUUGAAAAGAGCCCAAAGACGGGUGAGAAAUGGCGUUUAUUUCGACACAGAUGGGCAAGGUGAAUCUGGAGCAGAACGUAAAAGGGCUUUAGGCUUUUCCAAACUUUAUUACACCCCAUCCCAGGAAGCCGCUGCCCAUAAAAAGUACCUCUACUUUCUAUCCACCAUUUCUGCUUUUGCACUUAGUUGGCUUGUCUUUGCGCAAGUACAACUUGGAGCGCUUUGGUUGAUUCUUUGGCUAAUCCUGAAUGUUUGUUCCACUUUCACCUUUUUCACAAUGCUUUCUGACACAGAAUGUUUCAGUGACGACUAUAACAUCUUGAAGAACAAUGACUUUGCAAGAGAGGUGGUCCUACUUCGAGGCAAUGUCGCCAACAAAGAAGAUGAAGAACGGAAAAACAUCUCAGAAAAGAGGCUUUUCAACGAGUUCGAGAUUGAAAAUAUCCGUAUGUGCGUGGAAAAGCUCACGUUUGGCUUCAACAAGGUGGAUAGGUUGUUCAAGUCAGAGAGCCAGAAAGAGGUGAAUUGGCCUCAGUUUCACAUCGACUUCACGUCCAUCAUGGCGAGAAUUGACCAUGCUACGUCCCAUUGCUUGUGUUCGUUUGCAAGCAGCUACAUCAACUUCAUCCACAAUGCUGUGGUUCCUGACAUGUUCAUCGAUGAGCACGAGACUUUCUGGAACGAGCAUGUUGCAGACGACCCAGCGUGUUUGGUUUAUUCCAGACUGAGCAAGUUGCAGACCGAACUGCCGAGAGAUUACUACUUCUGGAUGGCCCUAUACUACGGCACCUUAUGCAACGGAAUCUACUUUGGCUCUGAGCAGUUGAAGAGUGAGCUCAACUUCAGUGAACACGAAUUGAAGACAUUGGGGCCGAAGCUCUUUACUGCAGCCUACGACUGCCUCUGUCGAGCCCAAUUCAUGAGUCACGCUGACGUACGAGCGGUUCAAGUGUUCUGUCUCUUGAGUACAUGCUUUCAUGCCUACGGUAGUGUGGAGCUCUCGCAAUCAUUGCUCAUUCAAUGUAUCCGAAUAGCUCGGAAACUCGGGCUCGACAAGCCCCGAAGAAAUUCCGUUUCAUUCUCGUCCGAAGUCAAGAAGCGAUUGUGGUACACUCUCUGCCUCAACGACUGGUUGGAUCAGAUAGAAAAACCACGCUUUUACGUGGAGGUCACUCAACAAGACUUUCCCCAUCUCCUUACCGACGAGGAGCUUUCACAAGAAGAUCAGGUACCUCGUGAUUUCACAGCAACACGCGAGUACUGUAACAUUUUCUACCAGCAUAUAAUGAUCAAAAUGGCACUCAUCAAGAAGUGCUUAUACGAGAAUCACUUCUCGGCACUGGCAACGCUUGAUGCUUGGACCAAGAUGUGCGACUUGAGAGCAAGUACAAUCACAUUCUUUUCAGAUUGGCCAGAGCCAACCAGCGAGAGUCUCCUCACAUAUGACUAUGCGAGGUUUUUGCUUUUCUCAUCACUAACCGAGGAAAUGUUAGACCUUGGAAGAAGAGUUUUGGCUAUAGUUGGCAAACAGACCUGGCUAGCGAAGUAUCGCACAAAGUGCAUUGAAGCCGCUUUGGGUAACAUUUCAAGGGCAACAGCCCCAAUACCCUCAUACUACAGACGACACUGGAUCGUGGUUCAGCAUCUAAUAUAUGCUGCUCUCACCAUUCUUCUAGACAUCAUCAUGUUUCCGGCAAUUGAUUCGUCCCAUGAGAUGGGGCAUCGGUUGGAUCAAGUGGAGACUACUUUUGUCGUUUUCCAAGAACUCGAAGCUACACAUAUGCCUGCAAAACUUGGCAUCGCUGUUUUGCCGAAGCUCUGCAAGCUAGUACGUUUCGUGAUUGUGGAAAAACGAGAGAGAAACACGUUUGAAAAAGAGUCUUUGAAGUACUUGCUUGACGACUUACAAGUCAAUGUUUCUCCAGUUAUAGACUCUGUUCCUGGUAGAAACAAGCCUCAGUACCUCAGAGCCAAUGAUUCACCCCAAUUUCAGGCGAUAUCCGGCGAGAGGCAGCAGAGUGAUUCAGAAAGUACCAGUGACGGAAACUUCCUUGAUGAUGAGAUGCAGAAGCUCUUUUUCGAUACCGGUUGGUCGGAAGUUCUUAUGAAUGUCUUUCAACCAGCUUUCAACCAGCUACAAUAA